AUGACUCAGCCUCAAUACUGUACUCGUCGCCGUCCCAUCCCCAUUAUCCCUAGUAAGCGUCAAAUACACCUACUUCCCGGCGCCGCAGUUAUUCUCAACCUGCGCAUAUUGAGCACCGGGGAAAGACUGCUCUCCCGUGCCGCAUUCAUAUGCUGGCCAGUCGGGGGUUCGAGUGCAAGAAACGUUUUCGUAGAAGCGGACUGUGCAGGAGCUGAGGGCGCCGGGGAUGGUGAGGAGGGUGAGGAGGAGUGUGGUUUUCAUGUCUGCAUUGAAAUCUCUAUUUGCCAUGUUCAUGUUCAUGAAGACUUGGGUAUGACCACUCCAGUAUACGGAAACUGGAAGCCAAAACCGAGGUCCUGUAUCCCUGAAGACCCUGUCAAUAUCGAUUUGUCAUUCAACCAACCUAGCCGAAUACCAGAUCCAUUCGUAUUCUCAGACCACAGAGGACACGUCCAUGACUUCCGGUACUCUUGGUAUAAGCAGGAAGCUGUAUAUUGUCGUAUCACGCGGCGCUUAUCCUAUAUCAGCAACACUAUACCCCGUGGUGAAGUACUCAUGCUCAGAAAUGCGCAGCCAAAAAAGCACUGA